AUGAACGCAGCAACUGGACGUGGAUUCAAUUCUCACAACGAUGUUUGGCAGCCAUCUGUGGUAGAUAUUGGAAUGAGCGAAAGUCAAAUUUAUCCUCGUGGUUUGACAGGACUAACAAAUUUGGGGAACACGUGCUAUAUGAAUGCAGCCAUUCAGGCACUCUCAAAUUGUCCUCCUUUUUCCGACUUCUUCCGUUCACUUGAUUCCAUUGCUUCCUUUGCUUCAAAAGUGUUAGAUAAUAAUGCUGAACCGCCUAUUUCGAGUUCAUUUCGGUGUCUACUGCAGGCACUUUGGUCUGAAGAACGGAAUCGCUGCAUUAAUCCACAACUUUUUCUUGCCCAAAUCCGCAAUCAGUACCCACAAUUUCGUGGUCCAGCGCAGCAGGAUGCUCAGGAAUUCAUCAGGUGCCUUCUAGAUAUAUUACAUCGCGAAUUACGCCAGCCUGUUUUUGCUUGGGAGUAUCGGAAUAUUACACGUAGCUGCAAUAUACAAACGGAGGAAGAAAGCAUCUCUGGUUUCAUAGGGAGCAGAUAUGUUCCAUCGCGUUCUAGUAGCAGCGCGUCUGAUGAUGAUGAAAGAUAUGAAACUGCUGAUAGUGGUUGGAGCUCUGAUGGAGAGGUGCCUACAGCUUCGAAAGCAAAUAAGCAUUCCGAGCCUAUAACUAACAAUCGACUAACACAUACUUCAGACCUUUCCGUAAAUCAGCAGGAGUCAGCAGAAACGGGUCCACGAAGCAGGCAAUCUAAAUCACCUAUUUAUUAUCGAAGUUUGGUAACGGAAGUCUUUGAUGGGCGUUUAAGUAGUGUUGUGAAAUGUCUUACAUGCCAUCAUCUUUCAGAAACUUGUGAAACAUUCCAGGAUUUAUCGUUGAGCAUUCCAACAAGAGAACAGCUUGAUCAUAUUGCGUCAUAUUCAAUGAAUCUAAACAGUGAGAACAAGAAAGCAGACAGGAAUGAGCAAGAAGAAGUUGAUAACAAUGAGAACGUUUCUUGGCAGUGGCCAUGGUGGCUUGGAGGAAGCUUGUUUCGUUCAAUAUAUCAUUAUCUAUUUGGGGAUGUAGUUUCUCUAAAUGAUGCACUUGCAGCGUUCUUUUUGCCUGAUGAUCUUUGUGGAGAAAAUAUGUAUUCUUGCGAGAAAUGUUCCAAAUUGCGGAACGGUGUCAAAAUUUGCAAAAUCAUCGAUCCGCCAGAAAUUUUAUGCAUACAUUUAAAACGGUUUCGGCACGAUCUAUCGGAUUCAGUUAAAGUACGAAGUAAGGUAACAUUUCCAGUACAUGAUCUGGAUUUAACACCAUUUAUUGCCAAUUUCGAAAAAAGCAAAGAACCAGUACUCUAUGAUUUAGUUGCAUUCAUCACACAUUAUGGUGCAAAUGCCGAGAGCGGGCAUUAUAUUGCUUACUGCAAGAAUGAAGUGGAUGAUAAUUGGUACGAAUUUGAUGACAAUGUGGUAACUCGAUUGGAAAUCGGUGAUAUCUUGAGUAAAGAAGCUUAUGUACUAUUUUAUCAACGGCAGUCAUCUCAGAGUAUGGAUGACAUUCGAAUUCGUGUGAGACAGAUGCUUGAGGAAAAUGAUAAAAUAAAGGUCUCAUUACAUCGCUACAUUUCUCGAGAAUGGUUGCAUCGUUUCUCAACGUUUUCAAAUCCUGGACCCAUUACAAAUUAUGAUUUUCUUUGUCAACACUCGCAAAUCCUCCCACGUAGAGCAGCAAGUCUUACUGAUUAUUAUGCAACCAUAAGCAGUUCACUGUGGGAUUUUCUUUAUGAAAAAUUUGGUGGUGGACCUCCAAGUUCCGAGUUGCACUAUUGUUUGACCUGCCAAAAUGAAUUUCAAGUAAUGAAACGUAAACGGGAAAUUGAGCUAAGGGCAUUCUUAACAUUGGAGGGACAGUUGAAGCGAUUGAAAAAUAAUAUACCAGCUCUUACUUAUGGUUAUUACAUGCCACCGAAUGUUAUCGCGAAAGCUUGGAUUGACAAAUGGAAGGCAUUUGUUGAAGAAAAUGAAUUUGAGCCACCGGGAUCCAUUGAUAAUAAUACCAUACUGGUUCGUAGUAGUAAUGCGUGUGAUGCAAAACUGCAUUUACGGCCUUCACAAUAUGUGGAGUUACCUCGUGAAGCUUGGUUAUUUCUCCAAUCAAUAUACGGCGGUGGACCUGAAUUGCUAUGCAUUCCGGAGGAUCAUCCAUCUUUGGAAAGUCUGCAAAAAUUGAUUGCAAAAGUAAACGAAAAGAUUGUGGAAACUUUGGAAAGUUUGAAAAGAAGAAAUGCAGGUGGUAUACCGUUGUUGUCACAUUCAUGA